CAACCGCUCCCGCCCCCUCCUGCCGCCGCCCUGCGCGGCCUCCCCGGCUGCUUCCGCCCGGUUUCGGCAGACGUCGCUGCUGCUGUCUGAUCCCUCGCUGCUGCUACCGCUAUGCUAGGUGUUGGGGAGCCUACGAAGUGGGAAGCAAAAAUGAAGUCAGCUUCAGAAGAGCCUGUCCCAUUACAUGAAGAAUUUAUCUACUGUUGUGGAGCUGCUACCCAUGUCUUGAAGUGUGGGCCAUGGAAAGACCUCUCAAAAGAUGAAAGCAAAAAUCUACCUAGGCUCUUAUUCAUGAUUAUUCCUGGUAACCCUGGACUGGCAGGUUAUUACAGGACCUUUAUACAGGCCUUAUAUUGUGGACUAAAUCAGCAGUAUCCUGUUUGGGUUGUGAGCCAUGCUGGACAUUGUAAACCUCCUAGUGGUAUGGAAAUGAUAGAAGACACAGAUAUUAAAGAGCUAGAGGAUGUUUUUGGACUUAAUGGACAAGUAGAGCAUAAGCUGAACUUCCUCAAAAAGAAUGUAUCAAAAGAUAUAAAGCUGGUACUGAUUGCUCAUUCUAUUGGUUGCUACAUCACACUGGAGAUGAUGAAGCGAGCAUCAGAACUUCAGGUUCUUCGCUCUGUGCUGCUGUUCCCAACAAUAGAGCGUAUGGCUCAGUCCCCUCAGGGAAAGCUCAUGACCCCUUUGCUGUGCAAACUUCGUUAUGCUCUGUACAUGCCCGUCUACCUGCUGUCCUUCCUACCAGAGGGAGUCAAAGCUUCUCUGGUGCGGUUUGCUCUGCGAGGUAUGAAGACCUAUGAUGAAUCUUCCAUAACAACCUCCAUAAAUCUCUUCAGCGUGGACUGCAUUGCCAACAUCUUGUAUAUGGCAAGCCAAGAAAUGAUGAAGGUCGUAGAGAGAGACAGUACAACUAUAAAGCAAAAUUUAAAGAAGCUGAUUUUCUACUAUGGAACUGGGGACAGCUGGUGUCCACAGCACUACUACGAUGAGAUCAAAAUGGAUUUUCCGGACGGGGACAUUCGACUUUGCGAGAAAGGGCUCCGCCAUGCCUUUGUGCUAGAUGCCAGCAAGGAGAUGGCUGCCAUGAUUACAGACUGGUUACAAGAUGAUCUGACCAAAUUAUAAAUAUUCAUUCAGAAAUUAACAAGAAAAUGAUGUGAUUAUUUUGUGAACGUGUAAUUUUUUGUGAGUCUGUCAUAAUUUUUUCUGUUUAUUAUAAAUUAUGGCUUGUUCUCUAUUGAGAUGUUUUAGAGAAAGUUAAAGAGAGACUGGCUGGUCCAAAGUAUAGUUUUAUUGAUUCAGUGGUGAGGUACCUUCAUCCUGUCUUCAGGAAUCUUCAGGACUUGGUAAAGGAUAGAAUAUUUAUUGUCUGUAGCACUCUAGACAUCACUGAUACUAGAUUCACUGGCUACAAGUGCACCUGAGUUGCUAUCACCUCACCUGCUGGAGAGCUGUCACUGAUAGGUUUGGGGCAGCCCAGAUGUCCUGCUUUAGAAAGAAAUACCGAGCUCUUCUCUAUGGGUAAAAAUUUCCCUGUGAAUGGAUCCUAGCAAUGGAUCCUGGUAUGCUGUGAAAGACCUGGCCCUCUCUUCGUGUCUCUAUGUAACUCCAGUGCGUUGGCAACCAGAACAGCCCAAGGUCCCAGGACAAACCUAACAUCUCCUCCAGGUUAAGUAAGGUUGGUGGUCAAGCUGAAUUCAGGAUGAGUACAAAGGAGAUGUGAAGAUGAGAUGAGACUUCUCAAAGUCUCAGGAGGGGUUUAGGAUGCUGCCAGGACUCCACAGGGUACUGAAAAUACCAUAAGGUAAAUGCAGCUGCUCAGCAAGGGAAUCCAUAUGGAGCUCUUGUCUGCUGCAAGUCUUUCAUUUUUUGAUUGACUAUAGAGAGUUAAAGACACUGGUUAAAGAUGCCAGUAUUAAAAGGUUAAAAUGGAUUUCAGAAUCCAUAUAUAACUGCUUAUAGGUGGCCUAGCUCUUCUAAUGAAGUCCAGGAGAACAGUGCUUGCUCAGCAGCUUUAAAGAAUUAAACCAGUUCUGAUGCAUACGUGAAUUUCAGUCCUUUGCUCUAAGGACUGAAGUAUGACAUUUUCUGCCAAGCCACAAAUUAGGUGAGCCCACCAUGAGAAAAUGUCUAUUACUCUUGCCAUGGCUGCACCCAUGAAAUAACAUGAAAAGGCAUGAAAUACUACUAUUGAGAAUCAAAUCCUUGCUUUAGCACAUUACUGACAAAUACUCUGUUCCUCACAUUUGUUCAUCCUUCUCCUUUUCGGACAGCAAAAAACAAGAAGCAAACAGUUGUGAUAACAGAAUAAGUUAGAAGAAAUAGCUAGAAAUUCAAAUAAUGUAAGUAAGGGGUACAGAGCCAAGUGUAAUCAGGAAAAGCUUUCUAGCCAUGAACCUGUGAAAUAGUUUCCCUGCGGAGUUCACAGAGGCAUUUAUAAAUAAACAGUACAGUACAGAAUAUAGUCAGGGGAAAUCCUGCCCUUGCAAUUACAUGAAUUGAGCUGAUCUAUUGAAUAUCUAACUUACUUAAUGGUUUAUUAACACUUUUAAUGUAGUACUAGUGAGAAUGAUGCCAGAGAAUGUUCUCUGUGAUGCAGAAUUAAUUCCUUACUUUUCUUACACAAUUAUAUAGACAUCUUCCACUUCUCCCUAAAUCCCCCUUGAAUCUCUAAUGUUUGUAAUAGACACUGGGUAUUUCAGACUAGUUAUCAAACCUGGAGACAAGACAGUGGAUUUAAGUGACCUUCUUUGCCUCAGAAACUGGUUUAGCUUUCAAGACUAGCCAGCAUAUUUUCAGGUUACACUGCCGUGUAGUGAGGCGGUUAUUGAUGCAUGAGGCAGAAGUGCUGCGGCCACAGUUGAAGCAGCCCAAGGAUGAACUAGAUAAGGUUCAAGGUGAAGGGCCUGGGCCUGUGCAACUGAUUAUGUUUACUGGAGAACCAUUUCUUCUUUCUAUGGGGCCAUAUUCAGUCAUGAUCAAAAUAAUUCUUGUGCUCACUUCAGAAAUCCAUAGUUGUGUAUGCCCACGUGUGUUUAAAAAGCCCCCAGGUGUUGGCAUGCAUUCAUGUUGGAUGGCCUUAUGGGAGAUGCUAAAGUUGCCUUGGCACUUCCUGGGGCAGAGUAGGACUGGGGAGUGGGGAUGUUCACCUCUGUGGAGAUAUAUAUAUGUACACAUGUGUAUAUAUACACAUACAUAUGCACAUUUGAGUAUUAACAACAUAGGAAAAAUAGAGUUCCAUUGGUUGUUUUGGUUUACACAUUGGUUGGGUUCAACAACUCUUUUGUUUUUCUAAGUAUAUGGAAUCAGGUAAUCGAGCAAGGACUCCGUCUGUAAAAGUUCUGCUGUCGUGGUGGAUCUCCUGAGGACAGAAAAAAUCUUGCGUUAACCAAAGAUGACAAGCAGCUAUUAAAGCCUGGAAACUGAAGCACCUAUGAGAAGCAGUUGUUUACAGUGCAUUAUUCGUAUACUUUGUAUGAGGAAUUAAUUUAGCAAUACUUGUACUUGACUUGUGUAUGCCUUUUAUACAAAUGUUAAUCCACUAUAUGAAAUGCUACUGACUGCAUUAAGACCUAAACUGAGAUUAGAUCUGGUCAGGGAUGACCAGAUCACCUACAGAACAAUGCCUUACAAUUUUCUUAAAUGAAUUUUCUCUAAGAUUAUCAAAACCACAUUGAUUCAAUUGCUACCUUCCUCCUAGAAGCUGUUACUGUAAGGCUAAGAUCUGAAAAUUUGCUACUCUAUCCAUUACAGAAAAGCAUGGGUCUAGUUUUCACAGCUGUAUUUCCUAAGAGGAGCUGAUUUCACACAAUGAGACUCCAGCUCCUCUAAAGCCCAUAGCGUUCACCAUGACCCCAGGCCAAGUGUCAAAAGUGCUUAUGGUCCAAACGUGCCAACUUGCCGUGGAAACACAGCACGGUCUUGCCUGUUUUAGACUAUUUUAGAAUUCUUGGGGGAACCUAUCACAAACGACUUCACUGUAUGCAGUAGCACCUAAUCUGUGUCAUUCACAUUUGUGCUUAAUUCUCACCUUGCAAGCAGUCUUGCUAGCUUCAAUGGCUUUGAUUCACGUUCAAGUGUUUUGCUAGAUUGAUACCUUUUAUGAAAUAGUGCACAACUCCAAUAACAAAAAUAAAGACAUUUA